AUGAAAUUAUCUUACUUAUUAUUUAUACCGGCUGUACUUGCUGGAUCGUUACAAUUUGACUUGAAGCGUAAAGCUAUUUCCCUGAAAAAGCGGGAAGACGGGGAGAUUGGCGUAACUCCUGAAUAUGAUAGAGGAGGAUUUUUUUUAGAGUUGGAAUUUGGUUCCAACAAACAAAAGAUUGAAGUUCUAGUUGAUACUGGAUCAUCUGAUUUAUGGGUUCCUGCUAUGGAUUAUACUUGCACUUCCAAUGUCACUAGUGAAGCUUCACAGUGUUCUACUAAUGGGUUCGACUGGCAAAUAUCUUCCACGUUUGACAAAUCAUCAGAAGUAUUUAGAACUUAUUAUGGAGACAAUACUACAUCCUCUGGUUUUUUUGGUCAAGAUACAGUGUGGAUUGGUGAUGUUGCUGUCAAUGACACAAUUUUUGGAGUCGCCAAUAGAACAAACUCUACCGGAACAAUGGGAAUUGGUUUGCCUCAGUUAGAAGCAGGGUAUCAGGCGUAUAACUUGUCUACAUAUCCAAACUUCCCACAGAAGUUGAAAAUGGAUGGAAUAAUUGAUAGAGUUCUUUAUUCAGUAUUGCUUGUUGAAGACAAUUCAAAAAGUUCCUUGUUAUUCGGUGCCGUUGACCAUGAAAAGUAUAAAGGUGAUUUGGUUACUUUGCCGGUGUUGAAGAAUGAUAACUUGGAAACAUUUAUGUCGGUGGAGGUGGAUUCCAUUGUGUUCGAUGAUGGCAUAAGUAAUCUGACUAUAUCAGAGAAAGCAAGUGUAGUGUUUGAUACAGGUAGUACCAAUAGUUGGUUCAGACCCAAUUACUUAAAACAGUUAGCAGAGGAAUUAGAUGGAGAAGUGGUUGAAGACACGUAUUAUGUAAACGGGACAUUGGCUAGCGAAAGUGUCUUACUUAUCACUUUCCAGAAUUUAACUUUUGCUGCCCCAAUUGUUUUUGAGGAAGUAGGAGAGAAUCAAUUUGCGCUUGGAUACAAUAUAAUAGGAGAUGGUCCAGAUAGAGAAAUGGAUAUCAUAUUUGGCCAAGAUGUAUUAAUCCAAAUCUAUGCUGUUUUUGAUUUGGAUGGUUUGGAAGUUAGCAUUGCCCCACAGAGUGGUUCUUCUAAGUCUAAUGUCCAAGUUGUUGGAGCUGAUGGUAACUUCACUAAGCAAUCUGGAGAUAGUUCUGAAACAAGUGGAGAUAGUUCAGAAAAAAGUGGUGCCAGUUCCAUCAAGAACGUCUCCAUUUACUUGUUAGUCGUAAGUGCAUUGUUUGGGUUAUUCUAG